GAAAAUAAAAAUAAUCCCUGUAAAAGAUAAUGUCGACAGGGUGGUACUUGGCUUGAAUGGAACAUUGGGAGACAUUCCUCGCAUAGUUUUGGAACAAUUCACCCCAUAGGCUACGUCAGAUCUCUUUCGGAUAUAAAACAUGAGAGGCUACACCAGCGAAACAGAAGAAUAUAUAUACCUUGUAAUUCACGCUGUAGUUAAGCCUACAUUGGGGGCUCCGUGUCUGGACUAAUCAAUCUUAAGGAGGCUUUUCUUUACUAAGGAAGAUAAGAAGACUAUUUCAAUAGACAUGAAUAUGUUGAUGCUUUCCUUUGUUUUUUUCCUUUAUGGGAGUUUUACUUCGGUAUCUGCAUCUUGUCCCUCCGAAUGUUUGUGUCCUCCUGAGUUAGCCAGGUGCGCUCCAGGAAUCAGCCUCGUGCCAGACGGCUGUGGAUGCUGCAAAGCUUGCACAAGGCAGCUCAAUGAGGACUGCAGCAAGACAGAGCCAUGCGACCACAUCAAGGGACUGGAGUGCAACUUUGGGGCUGGUUAUGGCACAGCUAAAGGCAUCUGUCGAGCCAAAUCAGAUGGAAGACCCUGUGAGUACAACAGCAAGAUCUACCAGAAUGGAGAGAGCUUCACUGCCAACUGCAAGCACCAGUGUACAUGCAUGGAUGGUGCCUUGGGGUGUGUGUCCCUGUGCCCCCAGCAGCUCUCCCUGCCCAAACUGGGCUGUGCCAUAUCCAAGCUGGUCAAAGUGCCCGGUCACUGCUUUGAGGAGCUGGUCUGCCCUGAGGAGAGGGGGAAAGCCUCAGUGGACAAGAAGGUCAGCAAAGAUGGCCGCAAGGAUAAGCAUUCUGAUGAUGACUUCACAAAGAGAAACGAGCUGGUGUCUUUCAGCAGAGGAGGACUCAAGUCUUUAGCUGCUUUCAGGAGUAAAACUGAGAGUCGCUUGAUGUCCAAGGGGAACAGGAGGUGUGUGGCUCAGACCACAGCCUGGUCCCCCUGCUCUAAGUCCUGUGGUACAGGAGUUUCUUCCAGGGUCUCCAACAACAACAGUCAGUGCAAGCUGGUGAAGGUGACUCGUCUCUGUGAGGUCCGCCCAUGCUCCCAGUCAUCCUACUCAUUCCUGAAGAAGGGUAAGAAGUGUAGUCACAUUGCUCUCACCAACAGAAGGGUAAGAAGUGUAGUCACAUUGCUCUCACCAACAGAAGGGUAAGAAGUGUAGUCACAUUGCUCUCACCAACAGAAGGGUAAGAAGUGUAGUCACAUUGCUCUCACCAACAGAAGGGUAAGAAGUGUAGUCUCAUUGUGAAGGCCAGCCGUCCAGUGACACUGACCUAUACAGGCUGCAGCAGCGUGAAGAAGUUCCACUCCAGGUACUGUGGUUCUUGCCUGGACGGGCGCUGCUGCACCCCUCAGCAGACCCAGACUGUGGCCGUUCGCUUCCGCUGUGAGGAUGGAGACACUUUCAACAAAGACGUCAUGGUCAUAGAGUCCUGUUCAUGUGACUUUAGCUGUUCCCAUAACAACGAGAAGCUCUCUGGGCUCUCCAAUGAUAUCCGCGAAUCCAGAGUCUGAGGGGAAGGUUUAGGGUUCCACACCCUGUGUGUAAACUAGGAUUACAAAGGGGUGAGAUGACGGGGAGUAAGGAUAACUCCAUAUGUGCACUGCUAUGCUGGAGACAUUUAUUUUGAGGAUUUUAAAAAAUGAAUUGCUUCGUAAUAUUGGAGUUAUUGGCUGCUUCGAUAUGGAGCGUUUUAUGUUGUAAUAUUUCUGUUCAAUGACAACUUGUUUUGUAUGCAUGGCUAUAUUUUUGUGUUUAUUUGUAAAUAUGAAAACAUCUGCUUCGUGGCAGCUACUAGAAUGAUUUAAUCACGAGUAGAUUUGUCAAACAAGUGCCAUUGUUUUUAAUACCACAAUAUUAUUUGUAUUUAUUCUAAAAUCUUGACGUUUUCUAAAGAUAUGAUAGGCCAUAUUGGAAAAUCAUGUUUUUGACCAUUUGUUUUUUAAUGUUAUUUAUUAAAUGUAUGAAUUUAUGGAACCUGAUGCUCUGUUGUGAAUGACUAGAUAUCACAGUAUGGACAGUUGAUAUUUAACCUAGUUUUAUUGGCAUUGCUUUCUCUAGUUUAAUCUAUCCUCCGCCCAUAGUUAUUUUAGAGUAUGGGAUACCUGCUGUGUUUCUGGCUGACCCACUUCUGAGGGGAUCUAGAGUUGAAUGGAUGGCUCAAAUAUAUAUAUAUAUAUAUAUAAAAUCUAGUAGUUCAUUGUGUUUGUGGGUCAUCUAAUCCAGCUCCUACAUUUCAUUCAGUAUGCACAAACAUCAACUCAUCAUAAAACCUCUAAAUACAUCCAAGUCUAUUUUCAUACAGUAAGUGUCUUUAACCUGAUCUGUGGGCCAUGAUCUGCAACGGUAGUGGAGAUCUCUGUUAAUGUUGUACAUAUAAUAGAGGUUUUUAUGUGGUUUUUGAUAAAUCAUUGAGUUGUUGAUUGGAUAUGCCUGGUUGUUUUUACCCACUUAGUUGCAGGACAGUUGGUGGGUUGGCUUGUCUGUUUUGGCUAUCUAAUGUUUGCAUUUAAAAGAUGCAUCUCUGCACCUGUCACCUGAUAUAGAGGUCCUGGAUGGCAGGGAGCUCAGCCCCAGUGACGUAUUUGGCUGUCCUCACUACCCUCUGUAGCGCCAUGCGAUUGAGGGCGGUGCAUUUGCCAUACAAAGCAUGUUGCCUACCCUCACCACCUGGGGUCGGCCCAUCAGGAAGUCCAGGAUCCAGUUGCAAAGGGAGGUGUUCAGUCCCAGGGUCUUGAGCUUGGUGACGAGCUUGGAGUGGCCUAUGGUGUUGAACGCUGAGCUGUAGUCAAUGAACAGCCUUCUCACAUAGGUACUCUUACCUACAGUACCAGUCAAAAGUUUAAGAACACCUACUCAUUCAAGGGUUUUUCUUUAUUUGUUCUAUUUUUUACAUUGUAGAAUAAUAGUGGAGAUGUCAAAACUAUGACAUAACACGUAUAGAAUCAUGUAACCAAAAAAGUGUUAAACAAAUCAACAUAUAUUUUAUAUUUGAGAUUCUUCAAAGCAGCCACCCUUUGCCUUGACAGCUUUGCACUCUCUUGGCAUUCCCUCAACUAGCUUCAUAACAGGUUUAUCUUGUUAAAAGUUCAUUUAUGGAAUUUAUUUCCUUCUUAAUACAUUUGAAACAAUCAGUUGUGUUGUGACAAUGUAGGGGUGAUAUACAGAAGAUAGCCCCAUUUGGUAAAAGACCAAGUCCAUAUUUAACUAGGCAAGUCAGUAAAGAACAAAUUCGUAUUUACAAUGACGGCCUACCCUGGCCAAGCCCUUCCCUAACCCUGACGACGCUGGGCCAAUUGUGCGCCGCCAUUUGUGCGCCGCCCUAUGGGACUCCCGAUCACGGGCAGUUGUGAUACAGCCCGGUAUCAAACCAGGGUCUGUAGUGAUGCCUCUAGCAAUGCAAUGCCUUAGACCGCUGCACCACUCGGGAGCCAAUAAGCGAAGAGAAUAAGCAAAGAUAAAUGACAGUCCAUCAUUACUUGAAGACAUGAAGGUCAGUCAAUUCGGAAAUUUCAAGAUCUUUUAAAGUUUCUUCAAGUGCAGUCGCAAAAACCAUCAAGUGCUAUGAUGAAACUGGCUCUCAUGAGGACCGCCACAGGAAAGGAAGACCCAGCGUUACCUCUGCUGUAGAGGAUAAAGUUAACUGCACCUCAGAUUGCAGGCCAAAUAAAUGCUUCACAGAGUUCAAGUAACAGACACAUCUCAUCAUCAACUUUUCAGAGGAGACUGCGUGAAUCAAGUCUUUAUGGUUGAAUUGCUGAAAAUAAACCACUACUAAAGGACAACAAUAAUAAGAAGAGACUUGCUUGGGCCAAAACACACGAGCAUAGACAUUAGCCCGGUGGAAAUCUGUCCUUUGAUCAAAUUUUUGGUUCCAACCGCCGUGUCUUUGUGAGAUGCUCUCCGCAUGUGUGGUUCCCACCGUGAAGCAUGGAGGAGGUGGUGUGGUGGUGUGAUGGUGUGGGGGUCAUUUUCUAGUGACACUAUCAGUGAUUUAUUUAGAAUUUAAGGCACAUUUAACCAGCAUGGCUACCACAGUAUUCUGUGGCGAUACGCCAUUCCAUCUGGUUUGCGCUUAGUGGGACUAUCCAUUGUUUUUCAACAGGACAAUGACCCAACACAACUCAACAAGUGCUCAGCAUAUGUGGGUACUCCCUCAAGUCUGUUGGAAAAGCAUUCCAGGUGAUGCUGGUUGAGAGAAUGCCAAGUGUGCAAAGCUGUCAUUAAGGCGAAGGUGGCUACUUUGAAGAAUCUAUUUUGAAAUGUUUAACACAUUUUUGGUUACUACAUGGUUCCAUAUGUGUUAUUACAUAGUUUUGAUGUCUUCACUAUUAUUCUACAAUGUAGAAAAUAGUUCAAGUAAAGAAAAACCCUUGAAUGAGUAGGUGUGUCCAAACUUUUGACUGGUACUGUAGGUGGGUGAGCGCAGUAUGGCGUGAAAUUGCAUCGUCUAUGGAUCUGUUGGGACGGUAUGCAAAUUGGAGUGGGACUCUAGGGCAUCUGGAAUGAUAGAGUUGAUGUGUGCCAUAACCAGACUACAGAUGUGAGUGCUAUAGAUUGCUAGUCAUUGUUGCAGGUAGCCUUAGAGGUCUUGGGAACAGGAAUGAUGGAGGUCAGCUUGAGAGAUGUGGGGAUUACAGACUGGUAUAAGGUUGAAAAUGAAUAUGCCUGCCAGCUGUUCUGCACAUGCUCUGAGAACACGCCCUGGAAUACCGUCCCCGCGGCCUUACGAGUGUCAACCGGAUUAAAAACAUUACUCACGUCGGCCUUGGAGAGUGAGAUUACCCAGUCCCCUGGGUCAGCAGUGGCCCUCAUGCACGUGUGUGUAUUUGUGUCUGUAAUAAAAAAAAGGUGUGUUAUACCUUCUCAUUUGCUUAACAUGUCAGGCAUCAGCAUGAAAGAAGAAUGAAAGAGAAAGAGAGAGAGACAGAGAUGCAUCCCUGACAGUAUUAUGUAAGCAGACUUGGACAGGGGGGGAAAUGAGGGCAUUGACGCACACAGAAGUAAAAUGUGUCCAUCGUGUUUCUGAGGAGUACCAAUGUCACGACUUCCGCCGAAGUCGGCUCCUCUCCCUGUUCGGGCGGCGUUCGGCGGUCGACAUCACCGGCUUUCUAGCCAUCGCCGCUCCAUUUUUCAUGUAUCGAUUUGUUUUGUCUUGUUCCCUGCACACCUGGUUUUCAUUCCCCCAUCAAUCUACAUGUAUUUAUUCCUCUGUCUUUGUGUAAGAUUGUUUGUGUUACGUGUGUAUUGUUGAUGCACCAGACCGGCUUGUUUUUCCCAUGUUAUUUUUCACGAAGAUGUUUAUUGUUAAACAUAAUUCUUGUGACUGUUUUGCACUUUUGCCUAAAUAAAGUGUGCGCCUGUUCACAAA